GAGGUUAUAAGCAGCGUAUUGCAGCUGCUCCAGAGAUUCCCGGAAGCAAGGGAGAUUUUGAUUGAAGCGCUCCUACAGUCGGAGCGGGUCGGCCAGGGAAACGUAGCUCCAGCCUCGAUAUAUGAUAGCAACAAAGAAAAUAAUAUAGAUAAAAGAGAAAUGUACAGUCAUAAGGAACCAGGAUAUUUUUCGAGUAGACGGGGAGGUCUCUUACCUUUCCAUUAGCAUAAUUCAACCUAUUACUGUGGAACUGCCGAGGAUAUAUGAGUAGCAGAGAUGAGCUCACUAAAAAUAUUUUGGACUAUGACAUAGUCGUUCUGACUGAGACCAGAUGCUCUGGUCCUAAUAAAGUAUCCUUCUCCAAUUACAAUACAGUGAAUAGCAAAAAUCGCCUGGGCAGCGGAGGCGUGUCGAUUUCUGUCCGCAGACACCUGGAAUUUGAGAUACUCCCUAUUGUUGGAACUUUACCUGUGGGAUACGACGUCAUUUGCGUAAGGACCAAAAACUUUAACCGUAAUAUAAAUAUUGUGGCUGUUUACAGGCACCCCCGGGAGGCCAUGUUCAGGCGAGAUCUCCAACCAGUCUUCCAUGCCCUGAAAGACAACGACAACGACUCUAUUAUUCUGGGUGAUGUGAACGCCCACAAUAUGGCUUGGAAUUGCCCGAACACGAGCAAGAAUGGUGAUCUUCUGUAUGAGGGAAUUAUUGACAGAGUCUCCUACAGACAGCUGGAAGAGGCAUGGGACAGCGACCACGUCCCCAUCUCGUUCACGUUUGAUGCAUAUCCAGAGAUAUACAGAAAGAUUACUAACAGACUAUCUACCAAGAGGACAGACUGGUCUCGCUUUGGCUCUCUGGUGGAGAAAGAGAUUGAGGCCUCCUUGAUCUCUCAGGUCGACCUUUUUAAGGCCGACCUGGAGAAAUUGUAAGGAACGUCAUUGCGGGGUAGUUUCCAUUCGGCGUAGGUCGCCCGGUUUUGCGUUGCGCGGCCUCCGAGCUGGCCCCGAUAUUACUGCGAGCUCUCGCUGAGCGAUAUGAUUGGUCCGUACAAUCACGCGACGCGGGGCCCGAGCGCUUUCGGUCCGGGGAGAGCUGAGUUAACGCGGGAAUCAGGCACAGUCUCCUGCAAGACACGACCGAGUCAAGUCGAUAUAUCUUCGCGCGUGCGAAAGUCACUGUGUACAGUCGUUCACCAAUAAACACCCGUUAUAAUCACAUUUACGAGGUUGAUUCACGAGGUAUCUUUUAUUUCUUUUGCCCUCUUCCUGACAUUCCGGCUCUCGAGUCUCUUUCCCGGCAAUUACCGUCCUACCUUUCGUUAAGCAAGGUCUUA